GAUGGAUGACUGGAGUUUCCCUUGCGGUCUGAAGAUUAAUGGAAGGGGUCUGUUGAUCUUAGGAAUCGACUAUCAGAUGGUCGGUCCCAGGAAACCAUUGCACUUGACGGCAGGUUUAGCAACGAUUGGAGGAAUUUCCUUUUGAAAUAAACAACAGCGGAAAGAAAAAAAGAUUGAACCUGGACACUACUUUUGCUAUUCAGGUCUCAACUGAAAAGGCCUGCCUACACAGAGAUAGCACCUGGGUAGGUCAGGCCAGGAUACGACUGCGAGGGACGCUAAAAGCUAACGCUAGCUUGCUCGUUAGACAGACGGAAAACGGCUUUCGACGAUCUGUCUAAUGCUCCCGGACAGGAUUUUGGAUAAACCAAGCCGUAUCUUGAAAUAAAGGACAGUCGAAUGCCGUAUUGACUUGCUGGUGCUCGCCUGGAAAUUGACAAGCAAACGCUGCCCAAGCUAACAUCCACUGGCCAUCUCUGCUGGAGUUAGCUGUCUCGCUAGCCUAGCUAACUUAAACCGUUAGUGUUAACUGCAGAUUUGGAUAUACUCGCUUGGCUGGAGUGUUCCGAAGUCACUGCGGAAAAGUAUUGGAAGAAAUAUAUUUACACUCAUUAGUCAAUAAUGAUAGCUGUUAGCUAGUAGCUAGCUGUCAGCUUCAUUCAGCCCAGCGACUGUACUAGCGGUGUAGCAUCACUCUACGACUUGUGAAGGAAAACUCAGCCCGAACCCAGGGACUCCACCAUCAGCCUGCCAUCAUGGGCAACACGCCCACCGCAAAGAAGGGCAAUGAGAUGGAGAGCGUGAAGGAGUUCCUUGCCAAAGCCAAAGAAGAUUUCUUGAAGAAAUGGGAGAAUCCAGCACAGCAAACUGCGGCAUUGGACCAUUUUGAGCGUUUGAAGACUUUAGGCACUGGUUCGUUUGGUCGAGUCAUGCUGGUUAAACACAAAGAGACGGGCCAGCAUUUUGCCAUGAAAAUACUUGACAAACAGAAGGUAGUGAAGCUGAAGCAGAUAGAGCACACACUGAACGAGAAACGUAUCCUGCAAGCUGUCAGCUUUCCCUUUCUUGUGCGACUGGAGCACUCAUUUAAGGACAACAGUAAUCUGUAUAUGGUAAUGGAGUAUGUACCCGGGGGUGAAAUGUUCUCGCACUUAAGGAGAAUUGGUAGAUUCAGUGAACCACAUGCCCGCUUCUACGCAGCCCAGAUUGUACUGACCUUUGAAUACCUUCACUCACUGGAUCUCAUCUACCGAGAUCUGAAGCCGGAGAACCUGCUCAUUGACCAGCAAGGUUACAUACAGGUAACAGAUUUCGGAUUUGCAAAAAGGGUGAAGGGCCGAACCUGGACGCUUUGCGGGACCCCAGAGUACCUGGCACCAGAGAUCAUCCUCAGUAAGGGUUACAAUAAAGCAGUGGAUUGGUGGGCUCUGGGAGUGCUGAUAUAUGAGAUGGCUGCUGGUUACCCACCCUUCUUUGCAGAUCAACCUAUUCAGAUUUACGAGAAGAUUGUAUCAGGGAAGGUUCGCUUUCCCUCCCACUUCAGCUCAGACCUGAAGGAUCUGUUGAGAAAUUUGCUGCAGGUGGACCUGACCAAGCGCUUUGGCAACCUCAGGAAUGGAGUCAAUGAUAUCAAGGGCCACAAAUGGUUCGCCACCACUGACUGGAUUGCCAUCUACCAGAGGAAGGUGGAAGCUCCCUUUAUUCCUAAGUGCAAAGGCCCAGGUGACACGAGCAACUUUGACGACUACGAGGAAGAGGAAAUCCGAGUCUCCUUCACAGAGAAGUGUGCAAAGGAGUUUGCUGAGUUCUAGAUUCCAACCAUGAGUAGCAGAGAGAGAGAGACAGGGAUUUAGAAAGUAAAAGGGGGUCUGAAGACAGGAAGCGCUAGGGUGGACUGCUAACUUGCUUAUUUGUGAUGACGACAACAAUGUAAAAUCCCCCCAUUGGAAAGGUAGGCAAAGUUAAGAAAGAUCCAACAGAACCAGCAGUGUUGCCUUUUCUGAUUGUUUCUCAACUGUUACCUAUUCAUUUUAUUUAUCCCUCUUGUGUUUGGGGCAGGGGCUCGAGGAGAACAAGCAUAGGUUGAGGCUGUUCAGCUAGACUUGUAUCUUUCUGAUUGUGUAAUGACACGUUUUCAGUCUUUGCAGGUUGAGGCAUUGAUUUUCUGUUAAGGUACUGAAUCUGCUAGGCUCCUUUUUUUCGAACGGGCCCUCUCUACAAGCUUCUCAGAGUGAUUGUUGUAUCAUGUCACCCUGGUUCCCCUUCCAUCUCUCCAUCCUGAAUCUGUCCAAGCAAUACCAAGUCCAACAGAUGUGCCUAUCGUAAUGCCAACUGGUUGGAAAACUGUGUUGAAAGCAUUGGUGCAGAGCUUUGGCUAUGGUGGCGUCGGCCCUUGUGCCCGUUUUGGAUGAAAGCUUGAAAACUCUCUGCGCCUGCCUUUGUCUGCUCAGUGUGGCAUGAUUGUUGGGUAGAUGAUGUGCUCGCUGCUUGCUGUUGAAGCAGCAGCAACCUCUUUGAUCAGAGUGAAAAUGAUUUAUCACAGUAAACUUCAUCUAGGUCUUACUGCUUUUGGGGACCUGUAAGAAAUGGUAAACAUGAGGUCUGCAUUUAAGUCUGUCUUUCUCUUUAGCUGAAUUUAUUAGAGCAUUUUAAAAAAAAAAAAAAAAAAAAAAAAAAAAUCCUAUUGGUGAUCAUUUUGUCCUUUUAUGUCAAUCUCUGUGCUUGUGUGUUAUUUAGUGCUCAAGGGUGGGUUAAAAAGCUGUGAUUUAGCAGCAACUAACAUUGUGGUCACACUCCAGACUAUUGUUUAUUUAAUUCAUAGUACAUUUAUACAUGUAUAUUGAUAUAUAUAUAUAUAUAUGAUAGAGAACAUGAAAUAUCCAUCUUUUUCAACAUUGUCUCAUAGCUGUGAAACUGAAAUAAGAUUUCAUAAAUAAACAAAUAUAAAUUCUGCCAAAUUUGCAAACUGAGAACACUGCAAAGUUUUCUGUAUGUAACUAUGAUGGUGGUGGAUUUUAAUACGCAAAAAAGUAGCAAAAUGUUUCAACAAAAUGUGCAUGUUAUUUUUGUACAAUAUCACUUUUAAAGAUGGCAGAGCAUUAUGCUUUACUUGUGCUGAGGUACCGGAGAUCGUAGGUAACAUGCUCAACUAAUAAAAUGGACUCUCGGCUGCUCUAUUUUGAAGAUGGAACAAGACCCAGUUAAAUGUAAGAAAGUUCCUCUGGCCUUUGUUCAUCAUUCAGUUGUAGGGCAACAGUUUGCUGAUAAUUGUCACUGAAUUUGUGCUUCUCACCUUGAUAAUUGUCCCCCCCCCCCCCCCUUCUCUUGUAUAUACCUUCCAUGUAACACUUUCACAUAGAUUUGCAGUCCUACCAAAUUUUUGGGACUGUUGAGAUUGGAGUGUUUUGUUUCAGUUUUCCAGCUUUCUAUGUAACACAUUAAACUAAGGAAGCUAUCCUAAA